AAUAAAAUUUGUGAAGAAAAAGUUAGUAAUAAGCUUAUAAGCGGAAGAACAAGAUCGGGGCUCCCUUUGGUGCAAUUUAUCAUUUCUUCUCCGUAUAAUUGGUAAAGUGUGUGAUCGUUUGCUCGAAUCUCUUACGUGAAAAUCGCAUUGCUAUGAAUAAGAGACGAGUCUUGAGAGUGGAUGAUCUCAAGCCUGAACUGUGUAAUACGGAGUUUGUACUAGGAAAAAGUAUUGGGGAGGCCCCUCCAAUGCCUCCCUGACUCCAUCACUGAUUUGUUCUGAAAGAUGAGAAAUAGCAAUCCGAGUUUGAUAUUCGGUCCCAGGAAAAUUGGGAGGGUGAUUAGAAGCAGGUUUCGGUUCCUCUCUUGGAAGAGAAAUUAGAGAAGAAAACGUCCUUAUCUUGUAGCUGCGGUGAUUUCAAGCUCAGAAGUCUCGUCCUUGGCUGUUUAUCAUAGAUUUACUUUGCUGAGGUACUACUUGCAAAACCCUAAUUCGUCUCAUUUGAUCCCUCAUAUUUUCUGUGAAUUGAUUAUAUUUUCACUUUUAUUCCCGGGAGGACUAGAAGUCUAGAACAGAACAGGUCUUGUAAUGAGGAGACGUAAAUAAAGAAUAAGAAUUGCCUAAAAUAUUAUUAAAGAUCAGUCGUUAGCUGACAGCUCUCAGGCCCCGAUUAUUCCGGUAAUUUAAAUUUUUUUAAAAGCAGAGUCAUACUCGAGUUCAAUCUCCUCGUUCCAUAAAAACUCCAUUAACCUAUAAUUACUGCGCAAACUUAAAUCGUCAUCAUUACUAUGCAAUUUUUCUGCAUAUCUCCUCAUGCCUUCCAUAAUAUCGUCCAUUACCCAGAAACUCUCAGUUCCGACUUCCUUCUUCGGCAUAAAACUAUGGAUUGUGAUUGUGAUAUGCGCAUCUCUCAUCAUAUUACUCGUUCUCUUCAUCAUUCUUUGGAUAAAGUGUUCAUGCCUCAAAAAGACUCAUAAUGCACCAAAGCCUUCAGCAUCCAAACGCUUUCACCCUUAUAGCAGUUCUUCGAUGAAUCAAAGGCUGCUUUCGCGAAAAGGGAUGGAGAUCGAGCUCAGCUUGGGGACGCCAGAGAAGCGAGCCGCGUAUUCUACUGGCCGCUUCCCCAGUCAAUACAGCAGAAGAAUGAGUAGCUUUGGGGACGAUAUAGAGUCUUGUUGGCCUAGAAACCGGUACACUCUGGAGGAGAUGGAAGGUGCAACGAAUGGUUUUGCUUCUUGGAAUUUGAUCAGCUGUGGAGAUCGUGCCAUUGUUUAUCGUGGUGUCUUGUCGAAUCAUACCCGGAUCGCCAUAAAAAGAUUGCUAAGCAACAGCGAUGAGGUUGAGGAGUUUAUUAGAUCGGUUGAGAGAGUUUGGUGUAUAAGGCACAGAAACUUGGUGAAGUUAGUAGGGUUUUGCAUGGAAGGAAUGUACAGGGCACUUGUGUAUGAAUAUGUAGACAAUGGUACCCUAAAACAUUGGCUUCACGAUUAUGCAAGGGAAGUUAGCCCCUUAACGUGGAGCAUCCGGAUGAAUAUUAUUAUCGGCGUGGCAAAAGGUUUGGCUUUCCUUCAUGAAGAUUCAGAACCGUUACUGGUACACCAGAACUUGAGAUCACACAAAAUACUACUUGACAAGCAAUGGAAUCCCAAGAUAUCCGAUUUUGGCAUAACCAGUCCCUUAGAUUCUGCAUGCACUGAAGUGCUUGAUGAGAAAAGCGAUGUCUAUAGCUUCGGUAUACUUAUCAUGGAGAUCGUAUCUGGCAAGAUGCAUACAUUCAACACUGCUACUCAAACUGAGGAAUGUUUGAACGAUUGGAUAAAGAUAAUGGUUGAACGCAAGAGAAUUGAUGAGCUAGUGGAUCCAAAGUUACCCCAAAUGCCUUCAGCCGUGGAACUUAAACGGAUUAUACUCAUAGCUCUUCGCUGUGUUGAUCCGGAUGCAGAUGACAGGCCUAGAAUGGGAGAAGUGAUCCACAUGCUAGAGCCUCGCGACUUGCUCCUGAGUGAUGAACGCGUGAUUAAGAAACAGACUUCUCGUCGUAGUUCUGUCAAGGAAGAAGAUGUGCUGCAAGCGGCUGCUGUGUUUCAUAAAAAAAAAAUAACGACUCCGUAGCAUUUUGAGUACAAUAUGUUAUUAAGGUUGAAGAAUUUCUUGUGAUUAAUUAAUUAGCCUUUAGCAACAUUUUUGCAACGAUAAUUGAUACUGAAAAUGGUUUGCAUUUUCUAAUUUAUUAAUCUUGUAUAUUCAAUAUGAAUAGCUUGAUUAAGAAACAUACUUCCU